GAAUUUAAUAGUACUACUGAAAAUUUAGAGAAUAUAGACAAAAUAAAUGAAAUAAAAGAAUCUGAAGAAGGCAUAUUUAAAAAAGAUGAAAAUGAAAUAGAAAAAAAAAAUUUUCUAUAUAUAUUUAAUCCAUUAGGGAAAAUUAUAUUUCCUAUAUUUAAAAAUAUAUAUUAUGCUAUAUCUACAUUUUUUAAGUUAUUAACUACUUUUAUAUUAACACCAUAUGAUGAAAAUAAUUUUACAUCUUAUUAUGAACAUAAAUAUGGAAAAAUGCAUACUAAUUUCUUCAAGGGAAACUUGAAUGAAGCUAUAUUAAAAUCAAGAAAAGAAGAAAAAUUAUUAUUGGUUUAUUUACACAUAGAUAAUAAUGAAAGUUCCUAUUUCUGUGAAAACAUUUUUAAUAAUUCUGAAAUUAAAAGUUUUUUUGAUGAAAAUUGCAUUUUAUAUGCUCAAGAUAUUUCAAAAGGAGAUACAAAAGAGUUAAAUAAUAUUCUAAAUGUAUUUAUUUUACCUCAGAUUAGUAUUAUACUGACAUGUUAUGUGAAAGAUAUAAAAGAAUUAACUAUUGUUUAUGGGAAUCCAUCUGUUAAUCAUAUAAUAAAUUCUAUAACACAUUGUAUUGAACAAAUGCAAGUUAAAAAAGAAAAUUGUGAAAGCUUAAAAUAUAAAACUUAUAAUGAUAGAUUAAUAAGAGAAGAGCAAGAUAGAGAAUAUCAAGAGGCUUUAAAAAAAGACAAAUUAAUAGAAGAACAAAAAAAAAAAAAAGAGAAUGAAAAAUUAAAAAAAACACAAUAUAAAAAAGAAAUAAAAAAAAAAAGAGAAGAAAAUUGUAAAAAAUUUCCUUUAUCAAUUAAAGAAAAUGAACAAGUAACUGAAAUUUCGAUAAGAUUAUCAAAUGGUACUAGAAUUCAAAACAAAUUUAGUGUAAAUCAUACUAUAGAAGACAUUUACGAGUGGGCUGAAUGUUGUGAGUUUUUAGAAGAAAAUAUUAAAAUUCCUUAUAAAUUUGAGUUAAUUUGUGGUCACAGUAAAAGUAUUUUACAAAAGGUAAAAAAUAAAAUAAAGGAAUUUGAUUUAUAUCCAAAUGCUGUAUUGAAUUUGAAAUCGUUAGAUACAUCUGAUGAGGAAUAA